UUGUCUCUUACAAACUUAGUUUAAGAUCGGGGCAGAAUGUGGCAGUUCUCAUUCUUCACAAUGACCUUGAGAAAUGUUUCACAGAAAGUAAGCAAUUACAAGAUGCCAUUGAUGUCUUUGCUCCUAAACUGAAAAUGCCUGUGUUUGAUGGUAGAUGUGAUGUCCCUCUGAAAUCUGGAUUUAUCACUGAUGUUUUGUGUAGGAAUGAGAACCUUGUCGCCGAGGGUUCUGCAGAAGAUGGUACAGCAUCAGGCUGUAUGACAGACGAUAGCGAAACCUUUCAGCAGGAAGACUACAGUGGGUACAAGUUGACCGAGUCUUUGAUGAUAGUAGGUGAGGCUGGGAAAGCCCUUUCAUCAAGGUGUUGUUCUUCUGGACAUCCAUCUGAGGGUCCACUCAAUAGCAUGAUCUUGAAGCUUGAGGAUUCAACAAAUGUGGAAAUCUUUGUACAGAAUGCCAUCAGGCAAGAAGUUACCCCGGAUUCCCUGAUGACCGAACCUAUGGAUAGAGAUACCUCCGAUUCACCGAUGACGUCAGAAUGCAGGUAUGGACAUACCUCCGAUUCACUGAUGACCUCCGAAUGCAGGAAUGGAAAUAUCUCAGAUGCAACGAUGACCUCCGACUGUAUGAAAAGGGAUUCUUCAGAAUCAAUGAAGACAUUUAGACCUAUGACAGGAGAUAGGUUUGGACCUUCGGGGUUAGACAGCUCUGGUGCAUCUGCACAAUCUUUUGAUAAAAAACAGAAGGUCCCCGGAAGUGUAGUUACCUCAAAAGUGAUACCAGAAGCAAACCAACACCUCCGUUCUGCUGUAUCUGUUGAAGACGGAAGUAAUUCUAUCAGAUCAGUUACCUUAAAGAAAAUGAAUAUUUGUAAAUUAAAAGUUACCAAAGACACCCGAGAUCCAGAAAUAAAGUCAUUGGGAAUCUUAAAUGACAAACUUGUUAUUGCAGACAAUGCCAAUAAGAAAAUAAGGGCGAUGACUACAUGUGGAACUUUAACUGAUAUGAACCACAAAAAUACACCACUUACUGAUGAUUUGCCCGCUCACACAAUUGCCUGUUUGGAUGACUGUGUUGUGUACAUUUGUGGAUCAACGAUCUAUAUCACUGAUAGGAUUCUUAAGUGUCUACGAUCAGUGAUGCUCAGAACAACAGGCAGCAAACAUGUAGUUCUUUGCAGGCAUGCCUCCACACAGUUCUUGGUUGGAAAUCUCCCAGGCAACUUGCUGUUGCUUUACAACACAGAUGGCCAAAUGAUCACAACCCAACAAGCUCCUGUCGAUGGCCCUAUAGCUGCUAUAUCUCUCAGUAACGAGGACGACUUUCUGAUCAGCUCCUUGAACCAACCAGGUGCCGUCUUCCAGGUUAAAAAGAAUGGAACCCUUGCCCGAACCUUCAGACCUCCAAAUGCCACAGAGUGGUAUCCAGAGGGCACAUGCAUGGAUAAGAGGAAUAACCUGUAUGUUGCUGAUCCCAGACAGAAUCAGAUCCACGUGUUUAACGCUGGGGGUGAACAGCUGUGCAUUCAUUCAACAUUGAGUGAUGAUCUGGUGUCACCUCGGUGUUUGGCCAUAUCAUCAAACAGACUGUUUGUGUCAGGAAAUCAACCGCAUCUGUUUGUUUUUGAUAUAUUUAACCAUGCAGGUAGAACGUGAACAUGAGGCUAUGAACGGUUGCAAUACAGGACAGAAUGGUAAAAUAGAUACAGCCCUGAAAUAUGUUACCCAAAACGCUCACCUCAUAAUAUUGACAAAUCAUGACCCAACAUUAAUUAUAUAGGGGAACAAAUAUUAUUUGUGAUUUGGAAAAUAUAGACAAAUAAAUGUACAACUACAAGGAUGUUGACACACAAUGCCUGACCCAUAUGACCCCUGACAUUGAAGAAUGCUUGAUUCUGAUGGGUUAAAAAGAGUUUUCCUUUUUGCUACAGAUACCUGCUAAAUAUAUAUUAGGCUUUUCACACAGUUUAUGUGCGUAUGAAAACAUCGAUAAUCUACAUAUCGUGAUAGGGAUGCCGAUCACCGAUAAGAACUAACCAGUAUCGACUUUUCCUCUACUAUAUGCUGGAUCUCAAAUACAAGCCUGGACCCGGUUGUAUCAAAGCCUCAUUAACUAAUGGCUACAUUACACCCUAAUGAUACAUUAAAUGCUUAUUGCACCAUUAGUUAAUGGCAUCAUUAAAAUCGGUUGUAUCAAACGUUUAUUAGCAUAUCAUUAUCUAAUGAUGCCUUAAUGUAAGUGUCUUCAUUAACCUGUCAUUAAAUUCGGUGUUUCCCCUAAAUAUUUCCCACAAUUCCUUGCCAUGUUUGUUUUUAAUGACACGCUAAUGAUGCCCCAGAACCUUCAUUAAGUUAAUGACGCGCUAAUGACACCACGACGUCGUUAAAACGUUAGUACAACUGGAUUUAAUGAUACAUUAGUGAAUGAAGGUUUAAUGACACGUUAAUGCGUCAUUAAAGUUUGAUACAACCGGGUCCUGGUCCCUAAUUCACGCUGGGUCAACGGCUCUCCUGAAAUUAAUACACGGCCUAGCGUGUAAAAGAAGAAAUACAGUAGCUUGGGAUCGGAUGUUUUUGGCGAUGACGUUCCAUCCCCGACUGCUUCGAUUGUGAGAUUACAAGACGAGGGCACAUCUUUUGCAUACACAUGAUAAUGUUUAUGAAACUAUGUUCGAUGGCGAACAGGCAAUUUCCUCAUUGAAACAACCGACAAUGAAAGUAAAAUAUAACAUUAUAAAAAAAGUGUUUAAAAAAACUUUAUUCAUGACACCAUGCUGUUCACAAAGCUCUUUUGUGAUAAGUAUUCAUUGCCAUCUCAGUCAACCACCACCGUCAGGACUCGUGAGUUGGGGAUUUGAAAGUCCGUCAGAAAACACUACUCCCUUUGAAAGGCCACGAAAACCAUCACUGAAGUUACAGCACAGGCACUUGAUCAUACAAACUUAUCUAACUUGAUGAAAUCAUUUCAGAACACGCACAAUUAAGCAAAUCAUACACGAACCACUGUUUAUGGGCCACGAUAGUCACAUUAUUCCACACGCUGGCGUUGAAUGCUGUGAAAUCUUGAAAUUGACGGGUGGGAAAAUAGCCGUCUCGUCUGCAGCCUGAAAAAGGGCUGUUCAGUCCAGUUCCAUUGGACAUCACGUUGUCCCAUCAGGCUCAUUCCCAGCAAAUCUACAGUAAGUCUACAGUAAAUCUACCGUAAAUCUACAGUAAAUCAGAAAUUUGAUGUACCACUGUUGAGUAGAUAAAGCACUCGGUUUCAAAUUAAAAUAAGACGUAUCUGUACAGCAGGACUACAUCAAAUUUCCAAACAGUAGAUGGAUCUUCUUAAUGUCCUUCAUGGAAGCCGGUUUGGAAUAGACCCAUAGAACUCUAUUGCUUGCUCAAGAAGCGACUAAAUUGGAUCGUGUGGUCAGUGUCCGUCCGGGUCGGUGACUGGGUUGAUUGUGUGACAUCCUACUCUGUUGGCGUUGGGCGUCAUAAUAUCAACCACUGGUUUGUCUCGCUCAGAUCCGCUUAUUUACAGAUUGUCGUGAUAUUGUUGAAUAUUGCUGACUGAGGCGAGAACAACAAACAAACAAAGCACAUGAACAACUUGAGAAGGAACACACUAGCUUCAGGUUUUAAAGAAAUAUAUGUGAGGCGUCCAUUCCCUGUAAAUGACCACAUUAAGAACAUUAAGCAUAUUUUACUUGUAUUUGUCGGUAAAAUAAAACGAUGUAAAAUCA